GUGGUUAAUACGCCUGGCUCGCUGGCUGCUGAAACUAGCGAGGCAGAGCAUCACUCUGACUCGGACCGGUGUUGAAAACAUACGGCAUAGUUUUGGAAUGCAUUCCAGUAAGAACAAGUAAUUGAUAUUUCAUAAAAAGAAGCGACCGUAGUAGAGUGGCGGGGAUGUUGCUUCGCAAUGGGAAACGUUUUCACCAGACAGGGACGCCCGAGUCGAGUCACCGAGCAAGACAGGGCCAUUUUGCAACUGAAACAGCAGCGAGAUAAGCUGAGGCAGUACCAGAAAAAACUCACAUUGCAGCUAGAGAAAGAGAGGCUUCUGGCCAAACAGCUCCUAAAGGAUGGGAAGAAGGAAAGAGCUCUUCUACUGCUCAAAAAGAAGCGCUACCAGGAUCAGCUCCUGGACAAGACUGAGACCCAGAUAAGCAACAUAGAGCGCAUGGUUCAAGACCUUGAAUUUGCUCAGAUUGAAAUAAAGGUCCUGGAAGGUCUCAAGGUUGGCAAUGACUGCUUGAAGAAAAUGCACGAGGUCCUGUCCAUUGAGGAAGUGGAGAGAAUAAUGGAGGAGACGCAUGAGGCCAUAGAAUAUCAGAAGCAAAUUGACGAGAUCCUUGUAGGCUCUCUGACCCAGGAGGAUGAAGAGGCUGUGCUUGCAGAGCUGGAAGCCAUCACUCAGGGUGAAGAUGUUUCACUUCCGGAGGUGCCCACUGAGCCCCUGCCCGCAGUGCCCAGCGCCGAGAAGGAGAAAGAGCCUGCAGAAAUCAAGCAGGAUAGAGAGAUGCUGGCAGCAUAGUGACACCAUGUUGUCUUGUGAUUAUGGUUUGAUUAGAACCUCAAGCAUCCCUUCUCUUUGAACUACGGAGACAGCAUUAAUAGAACAUGAGUACUCUGUCCUUUUCUGUCAGUUAUUUCCAUGAACCUUCAUGCACCUUUGACUCAGUGUGUGCAUCUAGUUUCCUUUGAUGACACAACUAAGGUUGGGCUAUAAUUGAUUCACUGGACUUCAGUGGUUUCUGAACAUUACUGACUACUGGCUUUGAAAACGUCUGUCAGAUUUGAGUCAGUGUUUAUUUGACGCCCUUUUGGCAGCAACUUAAGUUUUAUUAACUUUAGUAGGGAAUAAUUUGAUCAGCACCCACACCAAUUUUUGGCAAUCAGUGGUAAGCAUAAAAUCACUACAUGAUAUUUAACACCUUUGGAGCUGUGACCUUUGAAACUUUUGGUUGAUGGUUAUAGUCUUAACUGUUUGACAUUUGUGGGAUAUAUGCAGGCAUUUGAAGGAUGUUAUCUCAGUUAAAGUGAAUUAUUAUUCAUUUUUAGCAUAUUAAUUAUUUUAAAGUAAAUGUCACCCAGCUAUCUGGGAAACUGACCGUUUUGUCUUUAAAGUAAGAUCCAUAUCAGUAUUCCUGAUGAAUGUAGUUGGCCUUUUCUGUUCAGUAUUGUGCUGUAAUAGCAUGACCACCAGGGGGAUCUGUGUCAACAUUAGUGCUGUGGAUGACUGAGUAGUCAGUCCUUGGUUUUGAUUGACGCCUCUGAUGAAAUCUCAUCUUGCAGAUGGAGUGUAAAUAUUCCUGAAAGGUCUUAAUCCAGAUGACAAUGUGAAAAUAUUUUUGCUUUUUUUGGGGGGAGGGCGGGGGACACACAACUACAAUGUUUCACAUCCUACACCAUGCUCAGUAUGUACUGUACAGGUGAUUUAUUUAUAAAACCCACUUUGAUUAUCAUUUGUGACAGGUUCUGGUACAUGGCUUUGCCAUACUGUAUAGACAGUUUGGUAUGUCUUGUAAUGCUCAGCUGUUAAAAUAGGGAAAUAAAGCAUCAGAUUUUGUAA